GCGGGAAGUAACCGACUCCAAUGGACUCGUUUGUUUAGGAAGGAGGACGUGCCUGUUAGGCGAUAGGUGAGAACGAGAGGUUGCCGCCGGCGCCCAGUGUGCCCUCUCCCAUUCCCUCCACCAGGAGCGUUGGGUGGAGCUGCAGAGCUCGCUGGCGCGCGCCGCUCAUAAUCGCUGCCCUCGCGCUCCGACGGCUACAGCGCACGAGCAGCCGCUGCGCCCGCAUCUGCGGCCGAACUGCAACGGGUGCCACUGUCGCAAGCCCCGCUUUGGGCGCCGUCCCUUGGACCCUCCCCCCUCCUCUCGGAAGUAUGGGCUCGCGAGGAGGCGCCGUCCUCUGCCUGGCUAUGCGGCUGCUCCUCAGCCCAGGCAUCCUUCAAAACUGCUGUGAAGCAUAUAAUAUUGGGCUGCAAGGAACAAAAGUAUUCUCUGGCCCACCAACAGAACAGUUUGGAUAUACAGUUCAACAGCUUUCAAAUCAAGAUGGCAAAUGGUUGCUUGUUGGUUCACCCUGGAGUGGAUAUCCAAAUAACAGAAUGGGAGACAUCUAUAAGUGUGCUGUUGAUCAAAGUGGAACUGAAUGUUUUAAGAUGAACUUGCAGACUUUUGCAAGCAUCCCAAAUGUUACUGAGAUAAAGAAGGAUAUGAACCUAGGCCUGACUCUACUAAGAAACUCUGGAACUGGAGGAUUUUUGACUUGUGGUCCUUUGUGGGCACAGCAGUGUGGAAGUCAGUAUUAUGCAACAGGAAUCUGUUCGGAGUUCAGUCCAAGUUUCCAGAUCAUGAGGAGUUUUUCGCCUGCUGCGCAAAACUGUUCUUCAGCCAUAGAUGUUGUGGUAGUAUGUGAUGAAUCAAAUAGUAUUUAUCCUUGGAGUGAUGUGAGUGCAUUUUUGAAAAAAUUUGCCCAAGGUUUAGAUAUAGGUCCCACUAAAACUCAGGUAGGUUUAAUUCAGUAUGGCAAUGGCCCAAGAGUAGUGUUCAACAUGUCUACUUACCAAGAUAAAGAAAAAGUUGUGCAAGCAAUGUCAGAAACCAAACAGAAAGGAGGGGAAUAUACGAAUACAUUCAAAGCAAUUGAUUAUGCCAGACGUUACGCUUUCUCAAAAGAAGCUGGUGGGCGGCCAACAGCCAGUAAGGUCAUGGUGGUUGUGACUGAUGGUGAAUCACAUGAUGGUUCAAAAUUGAAAGAAGUGAUAGCUGAAUGCAACAAGGACAAGAUCACUAGAUUUGGUAUUGCAGUAUUAGGAUCCUUAAUUAGGCAAGCACAGGAUACUAAAAAUUUAAUUAAAGAAAUUCAAGGAAUUGCUAGUCAACCUACAUCAAAGUAUUUCUUUAAUGUGUCCUCGGAGGCUGCACUUUUAAAAGAAGCGGGAACAUUGGGAGAGCGAAUUUUCAGCAUAGAAGGUACUGAUCAAGGUGCUUUAUUCCAGAUGGAAAUGUCACAAGUGGGUUUCAGUGCUGCUUAUGCACAGCAAGAGGAAGUUCUGAUUUUGGGUGCUGUUGGGGCAUAUGAAUGGAGUGGCACAGUGAUUCAGGAGUCAGCAAAACAAGUGACUAUAUUUCCCAAUGAAACAUUUGAAAGGGUUUUAGAAGAUGGAAAUGAGAGCUCCUAUUUAGGCUAUUCUGUUGCUGUUCUCUCAGCUGAGAACACUGUCUAUUUUGUUGCUGGUGCUCCACGAUCCAACUAUACUGGAAGAGUGGUGGUUUAUGAGGUUGAUGCACUUGGCAACAUAGCUAUUGUUCAUUCCCAGAAAGGAGAGCAGAUUGGCUCCUAUUUUGGCAGUGUGGUAUGUUCAGUUGACGUUAAUGGAGAUUCCGUUUCAGAUGUGCUGUUGGUUGGUGCACCAAUGUUCAUGAAUGAAUUUAAAAAAGAGGAAGGAAGAGUCUACUUGUUUUCUGUCACAAAGGGCAUUUUGGGUAAACGACAACUUCUAGAAGGUCCUCAGGGGUUGGAAAAUGCUCGGUAUGGAUCCGCUAUCACUGCUGUCUCAGAUAUUGAUUUGGAUGGCUUUAAUGAUGUGAUAGUUGGGGCACCAUUAGAAAAUCAAAAUGCCGGUGCUAUCUAUGUUUACAAUGGUGAACAAAGGACAAUAAACACUAAAUAUUCUCAGAGGAUUUCAGGAUCAGACCCUGCAUUUGGCCAGCAGCUCCAUUAUUUUGGAAGAUCAGUAGAUGGCCAUGAUGAUUUAAAUGGUGAUGGAAUUACUGAUGUAUCUGUUGGCACAGAAGGAAAUGUUAUUCAACUCUGGUCUCAAAGCAUAGCAGAUGUUUCCCUUCAUAUAUCAUCUAAACCUAAGAAGAUCAGUCUGCUAAACAAGAAUACAGAAGUCAUUCUUCAGAUAUGUUUCAGUGCAACAUUUAUGCCCCAAAAUAGCAGUAAUCAAGUGGAUAUUAUAUACAACCUGACAUUGGAUGCUGAUCCCCUAUCCUAUCGAGUGACUUCAAGAGGAUUAUUUAAAGAAAACAAUGAGAGGUAUCUGCAGAAUAAUUUCAUAGUCCAUCCCAUGAGGAACUGUAAGGAGCAUAUUUUUAAUGUCCAGGAGCCCUCCGAUGCUGUUGACUCACUUAGCGUGCAUGUUAAUAUAAGCCUCAAGAAUCCUGGUUCAAGCCCUGUUCUUGGUAAAGCUUCCCCUACAUCUGAUUCUUACAGUAUACCAUUUGUUACAGAAUGUGGUGAAGAUGAAGUCUGCAGUACUGACCUUGUUCUUAAUGUUCAGCGGAAAACAAAUAAUGGCAAAGAACCAUUUAUUUUCAGCAGUAAGAACAAAAUGUUAGUAUUCAGUGUGAAACUGAGAAACAAGAAGGAAAAUGCAUACAACACCAGAAUUCAAGUUGCUUUUUCUGAAAGCUUGUUUUUUGCUUCAUUUUCUGCUCCUGCCGAUGGAACUGACAUUUCAUGUCAGAUGACUGCUGUCCGGCAACUUGUUGUCUGCCAAAUCAACUUUCCUGUUUUUAAAGCAGGACAACAGGUAUCUUUUGAUAUCAGUUUUGAUGUUAAUUUGAAAAAUCUUCAGAAUGUGGCAGAUUUAAGCUUCCAAGCUUUGAGUGCAAGUAAUGAAGCGGAUGACACAAACAAUCAGGUCAACCUAACUGUUCCACUUCGUUAUGAUGCAGAUCUUCACUUAACAAGGCUUACUAGCAUGAACUUUUAUGAAAUAUAUUCUGAUCAUAAUGUUCCCACUACUGUGAAUAAUUUCAAUGAAAUUGGAGCUGCAUUCAAUUUUUCAGUUAAGGUCACAAGAGGAAAUAUGCUAGUAACUAUGGCAUCUUUAAAAAUUCAUGUUCCAAAGUACACUGAGGGGAACAAUCCAUUGAUGUAUGUGACUGCAGUCCACACCAGUCAGGAUAGUGAUAUCAGCUGUGAUUCAGUGAUCAAUCCAUAUAAAAUAGGAGAGCAAGACUAUGCUGUGUCAUUCAACAAAGAAAACCUCAGAGCUAUGAAAGAGCUGAACUGCAAGAAUGUCAAAUGCGAAAUAAUUACAUGCGAGUUAAAAGACCUCACACUGAAAGCAGAAUAUUAUGUUAAUAUUUCUACCAGAAUCUGGAAUGGGACAUUUGCAGCUUCAGCUUUCCAUGAGGUACACUUAUCUGCAAGUGCAGAAAUUAAUGCACAUCAUUCAGAUUUAUUUGUAACUGAAGAUAAUACUUUAUCAAUCCCACUCAGAAUAAUAAAGCCGGAUGAGAAACGAGAAGUGCCUAUUGGCAUUGUGAUAGCAAGUGUCCUUGGGGGUCUCCUUUUGCUGGUAGCACUAGCUGCUGCUUUAUGGAAACUUGGUUUCUUCAAGAGCAAAUACCAGAAAAUGACAAAGGAUGUGGAAGAUGUGGAUGAAAUUGCAGAACUUACUAAGGACCAAGAAUGAAUAUAGCAGAAAUGAAGCUGUGUGCAUCAACCUUCUGAGCCAUAAACAAGAGGCAACAUCCAAAUUAAUUAGUCAGGACUAAUCCCCAUUGAAAUUAAUGAGACAAGUUACUCAUGACUAACUUAAGUCCCAUUCAUUUCAGUGGGGGCUUCGUCUCGAUGUGGCCCAAUGCUUACAAUCACACUGGUUGACAGCUGCGGUACUUUACACUUUAUUGUAAUGGUUCACUCUUCCUCUUUUUUAUUAUUAUUUUCUUUUUCACUGAAAAUGUCAUGGGCUUUUUAUAGAUGAAAAUAUUUUUACAUAUAGUAUUUUAUUUUAGUAAUAACUGCUGGUCGGUUUGGGGGUUUGUUUACAGGGAUUAAAAAAAGAUUUCUUGUGUGCUCUUGUAUUUUAUUAAUAGACCCACUGACAGGAUCAAACCCCUGGCAGGACCAAGACCCUCUGGCAGGACCAAAGGCAGUAAUAUUGAAUUAUGCCAGACAUAUCGGGGGGGGGGGAGUUAUAUAUCCCUGAUGGGCAGACAAGCAUCAGUAAUAUUGUCAUUAAACAUGGAGAUGACUGUGUUUUAACUUUCAGUCUGCAGUCCAGAGACUUCUUUUAAGUGUGCAAAAGUACACAGUACACAUGUACACAGCUAGGCUUUCAUCUCACUUCCUGCAUUGCAAUCUGCUUUUGAAGUUGCUCCUAGUUUAAAAGACAGUUUGCCGUCUUAAUGCUGGAAAAAUUCCCUGGAGGACGGGAGGGAUGUGUUUCCCCCUAGGUGUUCGGUACAGAGGAUCAUGUGAUUCUCUCUAUGUGGCUUUCCCUCCGAUAGGUCUGGCGAUUGCAGGAAGACGCCUAAUACAGUGGCUAACUUACUGUGAAUGGUAAUGGAGGUGGUUGGAGCAGCGGCCACAGCCUUACAUGCAUGUAAGCACCACUGAAAGAACUGCACUGCAGGACGGCAGCACUUCGUCAUAAGUACUCUUAAGAAAAUUGUUGCAUGAUGCAAUGCCCAUUGAAAAUAAUGGGUGGCAUGUAGCACAACUGUGUUCACAGAGCACUGCUAACCUGCAGUGCAGCCCCAUCAGCGGUCCCACACAGGGGUGUGGGUGGUGCUUUAACUGCCCACUUUCCAUUGUGUGGUGUGUCAGCCACGGUUUGCUACAUUUUUAGAUUUGCACAUCUUUGCAAUCUAUUGCGGGUGGGGAGUCAGUUGGCUACACAUCAAGGAUUCCUUACUGGCUGAUGUUAUUUCCAGUCCAAUGGCCUAAGUGGUCGCCAGGAGUCAACACCGACUCGAUGGCACACUUUACCUUUAAAAGAUGCAUGUUGUGGAAGCUGCAAAAAAGUUUUUUGCUAAUUAAAUAUAUUCUUUUUAUCAACACUGCUAAAUACUGGGAAACUCCAAAUAAUGGUUGGAUUUGUGUUAUGAAUUUAAGAAUACAAGCAGAGGCAUGGGUGAUCACACCCAAGGCCUAUCUUACCUAGCAUCCUGUUUCCCACAGUGGCCUAUCAGAUGUCUCCAGAAAGCUCACAAGCAGGAGAGGAAGGCAUACCCCCUCUCUUGCCUCUGAAUCCAGAGAUAGUUUAUAGCCAUCAAAUCUAUUUCAAUUGAUAGACUUGUCCUCCAUGAAUUGGUAUAAUUCCCUUUUAAAGUCAACCAAGCUAGUGACCAUCACUACAUCCUGUGGCAACAAAUUCCACAGACUUAAAUUAUUGCCAAUUAGUUUCAUUUGAGAGUCCCUGGUUCCCAUAUUGUGCUAGAGGAAGAAAAUGUCUGUCACUCUCUCCACACCAUGCAUAAUUUUAUGAACCUCUUUCAUAUCUCCCUUUAAUUGACUUUUUUCUAAACUAACAAGUCCCUCAUAAGAAAGGUGCUCUAGCCCCCUCAGCAUUUUGGUUGGCCUCUUCUGCACUUUUUCCAGUUUGAUAAUAUUCUUUCUUGAGAUGCAGUGAUCAGAGGUAUACACUGUAUUCCAAAAGUGGCUGCACCAUAGAUUUUUAUAAUAUUACAAUAUUAGCAGUUUUGUUUUUAAUCCCCUUUGUAAUGAUCCCUAGCAUGGAAUUUGCGCAUGCACACACACGCACACACACACACACACACACACACACACCCUUUUUUCCCCCUUUUUCUUUUUUUGCACAGCUGCUGUACAGAUAUGACAUUUUCAUUGAGGUAUCCACCACAACUCCCAAGAUCCUGUUCCUGGUUGGUCACUCAGAGCUCAGAUCCUGUCAGUGUAUCUGUGAAGCUGGGAUUCUUUGCUCCAGUGUGCCUACUUUUAUACUUACAUAUUUGAAUCUCAUUUGCCAGUUUGUUGCACAGUCACCCAGUUUCUUAUGGAGCUCUGCACAAUCCAAUUGUCACAGACUACAGUCACACUUUGUGUUGGGUUUUUUGGCUGAAACAUUGUCAAAUGAUUAUAAGCCCCUCUAGAGACUGAUAGUUUGCUUAAGCAAGUAUCCCUGAAGCUGAUGUUGGCCCUCUUAAGUUUGGCAUCUUCGCCACAGGGCAGGCCUAGGAACAUUUCCAUGCAACCAUCUGAAAGCAAAGUGGCUACUUCAGGACAGAACCAGUAAUUUCUACUACAGUACAUUGCUUCAAUUAACACAAUCCUUAAAAUUCACUAGAUGCCCAUCUCUAACUACUGGGUGAUUACUUUACAUCAAUAAAGAUUUUCAGUCAUCUUCUCUGUACCUUCCACUCAGAGAAACCCAUGCUGUAUACAUGUAUGUUUUUCAAGCAGGUUUCGUGGAAAGAAUCUAGUGAAAAUGUGCCAUAUGCACACAGACAUGAACUGGAGAUGUACAAGAGAAGAAAUUCACUCUUACCAUUUUGAAUUCAUCCCAGUGGACCUUGUUUGUAGAUUGUGGCCCCUCAGUUUGUUUUCACUGCCUCCAUUUCCCUCUCCUUCAUCUCAUGUCAAUUUAUAGAUUGUAAACUCCUCAGGGCAGAUAUCUGUCCUGUUAUACUUCAUAAAGCACCAUGCACAGUGGUGGUGCUGUAUAAAUAUAUUCCUUUUCUAUAGGAAAUGUUCAGGUGCAAUACGUUUUGCAAUCUUUGUAUAUUUUGCACUUUGUUUCAGAAUGCCAGAAUUGGUGGGAAACUUAAAUAAAGAUUGAUCUGCUUGAGUAAAUCUGAAACAAA